AGAGUACGGCGUUACUAAUGUCGAUAGCGUCAAGGCCGGGUCGCCGACUGGACUCGUUUGUGUAGAAAUAUAUUUUGUGGUCUGUUUUACGAAUGUGGAGAGAUUUGAAGAUAAAAACUUCGUGUUGUGUAACUAAACUUGAACUUUGAAUAAAUUGUUUUUGUAAUGAAUUUGCACAAUAACUUACGUCACGAUGUGGAGAGAGUUCGUUCGCGGGGCUCGCCAAUUUACUUCCGAAUUGGAGCCCUCUUAAUGCAUCGAGUAGCGACGUUAAAAUACUAGCCUCAGGCGCCGCGCCCGCCGUGCCGUUGCACCUCGAUGUUGCAAUGUAAACAGAUAGUGGAUCGGAUCGCAAGUCCAAGCCGCAACCAGCAACCAGUCGCCACUCAAUGGUCGGCUCGCAUGGUCGCCUCGUCACGCUCUGACGUCACUAUCUUGUAAAGGAAUCGGUGUGCAACUCAAAAAUGUCGUAAGCGAUUGCGCGGCUGUACUCAACUAGUGAAUUGAAGUUAAGGUUUACCAUAAAAGAUGGAGAAGGAAAGCGUCAAUCCACGCGAUGUGAUUGUGAAACCUAACUACAUGCUGAUGUCCUUGCAGAGGAUACUCGUGUUGUUUGUAAUAUUGGCCGGUGUAAUUGUUGUUGUUUAUUAUACGCCGAUGCCAGAGGAAUAUUUUGAAAACUGUGAUCGUGAAUGCCAUGAAUUGGAUUGGCCGAUGAUUUGUCGUGUAAAACUAGUCAUAGAAGUUUACAAAACAUACAGCAAAUCUUGUAAUAACUGCGCCGAAGCACACGGUACAGAUUGUCCUCCGAUGUGCAUAACAGCAGAUGGUCGAGAACGCGGCGUAUUGGCUGCCAACAGAGAACUUCCCGCUCCAUCCUUCCACGUCUGUCAGAACGAUAUCCUCGUCGUAGAUGUGGUACACCGAGCACCAGCUCAUGCCCUUUCAAUACAUUGGCGUGGACAGCCACAGCGGGAGACUCCUUUCAUGGAUGGUGCGCCAAUGUUGACUCAAUGCCCGCAGCCCGCUUAUACAACGUUCCAGUAUAAGUUCCGAGCAUCAUCUGUGGGCACGCAUAUGUACCAUGCGCAUUCUGCAGCAGAUGCAGCAGACGGACUAGCCGGUGCGUUUAUUGUGCGUCAGUCGCCUCGACUAGAUCCCUUAAGGAAACUUUAUGAUGUAGACGCUACUGAACAUACGAUCUUUGUAGCUGAAUGGGGACAUUCUAUGGGACCGUUAGCUGGAGUAACACCCAACACACCCAACGCUGAAUCAUUACUAAUUAACGGAAAGGGAAGAUCUUCCGAAUAUUCUAAUGCUCCUAUAACUACAUUUGCAGUUGAAAAUGGGAAGAGAUACAGAUUCCGUCUUAUGUACGGUGGAGGAUCCAAGAGUUGUCCCAUCAAAUUUUCUGUUGAUGACCAUGUUCUUAAAAUUAUUGCAUUAGAUGGUUCUAGUAUAAAACCUGUGGAAGUUGACGCUAUAACAUUUGCUAGAGGAGAGAGAGUUGACUUCGUUGUAGACGCUAAUAAAGCUAGCGGAGUAUACAAAAUGAGAGUCGUAGCUGAGAAGUCUUGUCAGGAGAAUCUUGAAGGUGUGGCAGAGUUAGUGUAUAAGACAUUGGAUAGGAAAACUCUACAAAAAACAAAUAAAAACAUUAAUCUGCCAGUGAAUCGUGAACUAACUACAGUGAAUAGUGACAGGUGUGCCAGUGACAAAGUGUUGUGUCUGAAUGAAAUACAUUCAGCGGGCAAGUUUCCGGCCAAGCUCGCUGCGGCUAUAGAUGAAGUUAUUUAUGUGCCUUUCAACUAUUCCACAAGACAAAUAUCAGCUAAACGAGUCGAGAGUUGGGGUCAGACUGACGGCUUCCGUUUCACGUACCCUGCAUCUCCCCUGCUGACGCAGGGUAGUGACGUGGCCUCUGAAGCAAUCUGCGCCCGAGGCUCCAACGACGACGAAUGUGUUCACAUUAAGAACAUUCCUUUGAGGUCUACUGUUGAGUUGGUUAUGUUUGAUCAAGGCGGCGAAUCAGACCACAUAUUCCAUCUCCAUGGGUACAAUUUCUAUGUGGUUGGUAUACGCGAGUUCAACACUAGUAUUGAUAAGCAACAAAUCAAAGAAAUGAAUGAGAAAGGAACAUUAUUUAUUUCAACAAACUUAAUCGAUCCUGUCAUUAAAGAUACUAUUGUUAUACCAAAAUUUGGCGUCGUGGCGCUAAGAUUCGAGGCGGAUAAUCCUGGGUACUGGAUGAUGAGAGAUGAAAGAUCAGCUCAUUGGACGAGAGGACUUGACUUCGUAUUAAAAGUCGGCGAGGAGAGUGACUUCGUACAAGCUCCACCUGAUUUCCCGAAGUGUGGUUCCUACGUCGGUCCGGAAUACUUUUUAAUUUGACCUUGAAUUAAAAUUAAGAUAGUAAAAUUAGUUACCAGUUUUCUAAACUUCAGCUUAAUUCCAGCCUGAUCCUGGAUGUUUCUCAGGGGCAAUAUUUAUUUUAAGUGUUGAAUGUAUACCUUUAUUUUUUAAAGAAUGAUUUCCAUUGUCUACUAUAAUGUAAGUAAUAGUUUUAUGAUAAGUAAUGAAUAGAAAAAAUAAAUAAAAACUGGUUAAGCGUGUCAUUAUAUCGUGAAUUGUUUGAACUCUUGAAUCUUAAGUGUUAAUUGUAAAAUAAUAGAGUACUUUAUAAUUAUUAAUAUAUGAUAUUCUUUUGUUUUAAAUAUCCACAGCGGUAGAUAAAGCGAAGGUGGUAACUCUAUCAAGAAUGACAAAAAGUUUUAUAAUACAAAAAUCCUCCUUGAACAUGUGAUAAAUAGGAUUUAGAUUGUAGUAAAUUGCCACUCGACCUUGCGUCUAAAAUUAAAUGAUAUAAUCAUGAAGUUUUUAUUGUAUAUACUUGUUCGUAUUAGCCGUUUUAAAUUAUAACCUAAUUAUGUGUAAAUUAUAAAGUAACGUU